AUGACCACGGAGCAAAAAGUCGAACGCGUAGUUGUGGGGCAGCAGGUGUAUUUCCAGCAGCAACAGAAGGGGUGGAUCCGCGGUGUCGUAAAGGCGGUUCCGGAGGGGAGUGGAAAGGUGCAAGUGGAAGAUGCCGCGAGUGGGAAUGUUGAGACCAUCCCACUCACGAGGGUGCACGGCUAUAUUCCACAAGCCUUUGACGCGGAGAAUCCCGAUUUGUUUCAUCUGAACGACCUCCACGUAGCACCUGCGCUGCAUUGCAUCAAACAGCGUUUCGAGGAGCUGCACUUGCAGUAUUCGUUGUUGGGUGAGGUUGUGCUUAGUGUUAAUCCAUUUCAACCUAUGCCAUUUAACACUGACAAAAACCGUGAAAAAUACCUCACUUCACCGAACCAGCGUCUACUUCCUCCUCACGUGUGGCAAGUGGCGCACAGAGCGUACGUUCAAAUAAUUGUACGAGGUCUCAGAAACCAAUCUGUUGUUAUCUCCGGUGAAUCCGGCAGUGGCAAGACGGAGACGACCAAAAUGUUGGUCGGCUACCUCGGCCAGAUGAGUCAUCAGCGUAGUGGUAACCCUAUGCAACGUCGGGUUGCGGAUAAAGUUUCCGACAGCCUUGAGUGGAGCAAUCCCGUGCUGGAAUCAUUUGGCAAUGCUCGCACUUUGCGCAACCACAACUCAUCACGUUUCGGCAAGUACAUCAAACUCUACUUCGACAGUGUCUCCGGAGUCAUGGUGGGUGGUAAGGUGUCCACGUACCUAUUGGAAAAGAGCCGCAUUGUUCGACAGGCUAGUGGUGAGCGGAAUUACCACAUUUUCUACGAAAUGCUCGCCGGACUUUCUCCGGAGGAAAAGGCAGAGCUUGGUGGUUUGAAAACAUCGGCUGACUACAAAUGUCUCAGAGUUGGCAACACAUUUGACCGCCGUGGUGUGGACGGUGAAACAUUGAAUGACGCCGAGGAGUUCAGUAAAGUACGGAAGGCGCUCACUAAUCUUGGCAUUGCUAACAAUACUUCGAGAAGCAUGUUUAAGAUACUUGCGGCCAUUUUGCAUCUGUUGGAAUUGGAGUUUACGUCAGACCAAAAUGAUAAGGCAUGCAUAGUGGAUGAGGGCCCGUUUCUAGCAGCCUGUGGACUUCUCCAGGUGGACCCCAAGCUCUUGCGUGAGUGUUUUCUCGUGAAAAGUAGUACGAGCAUCGUGACAAUUCAUGCCAACAAGAGGGAGGCUGAAGGUUUUUGUGGAGCCUUUUGUAAGGCUAUUUACGUUGGGCUGUUUGAUCUCCUCGUGAAGCUUGUAAACGCAUCAAUUGCGCCACAGGAGAGCACAAAUGAGUGUAAGUACAUUGGGCUUCUUGACAUCUUCGGUUUUGAGAAUUUUUCCACCAAUGGUUUCGAACAGUUGUGCAUCAAUUACGCCAACGAUGUGUUACAGAACCACUAUAACAAAUAUACCUUCCUCAAUGACGAGGCAGAGUGUAAGAGCGAAGGCGUGAGUAUCCCGGAAGUGGCUUUUCCUGACAACACGGAGUGCAUCGGUAUGUUUGAACAAAAGAGGUUUGGUAUAUUCGCCUUGCUUGACAAUGAGUGCAACUACAAAGCUGGAACCUCGGAGCGUUUCACUCAAAAUGUAUGGGACCAUUGGCGCACCUUAAACACGUUCUUUGUGCUUCCCAAAAGCACCGUUCCGAACCAAUUUGGUGUUAGGCACUAUGCCUCUUUCGUGAACUACACCACAGGGGAUUGGCUGGAGAAGAAUACAGAUGGCAUCAAGCAUGAGGUAUACCAGACUGUAAGCAACUCUGCGGAUGCGUUCAUUCGCUCCCUGUUUUCUGACGGCCCAGUGCUCAAUGAUCGAAAACAUACGGUGGGGCUGCGUUUUCAAAAUCAACUAACUGCACUGAGAGAGGAGUUGGAGUUGACGGAAACCCAAUUCGUUCGUUGCAUUAAACCCAACAUGUCUGCAAGUCCACACCUGUUUGAAAACGUUCUCGUUUCGAAUCAACUGGAAUCGACGUCUUUGUUGCAGACCAUUAAACUAAAACGGCAGGGAUACCCAGUGCGCCGCUCCAUUCACGACUUUUGCAGGUACUUCUUUCUCAUUAUGCCGCGGUCACCAGCAGAGUUGUACAAGCGUCAUUGCAUUGAAGAAGCGGCGAAGACUAUGCUCGCGGUCUAUCAAAAGCUCUACGACUGGGCAACCCCCAAUUUCGCUGUGGGCCGUACCAAAGUCUUUCUCCGUGCGGAAGUGUGGGCUUCACUUGAGAGGUUGCUGCUGCGCCGAAAGGGUUGUCUUUUACGUCGGUGCGUCCCUCUCCUUCGACGGUGGGUUUAUGUUUAUCGUGAGUCGAAACGUCGGGUGGAAGAGCGCCGUCAAGCGGAGCUGAAGCUGGAACGAAAGGAGCAGGCGCGGCGCGUGGCGCAGAUGUCUGUAAAUGCUACGAACAGGGAACUGAUGGAUUGGAUAGAGGAGUUGUCUGCUCUGUUUCCGUCUAUUGGCGUAGUGACAAUACGAGACGUCGUGCUGUUCCUACCGAAGCGUGAGGAAUCACUAAAGGCGUUGCUUGAAAUGCAACGGCAGCGGUUUGAUGGAUCUCUGCCGCUCUCCUUCACGCGUGUGAUGGAUGAGGCCGGCAUGCGGCAGCAGAUCAUUGAGAAGUUUCUGCGCAAUGGCAUUAACACCCUUUACAGACUAGCGGGCUGUGACGAGAUGGUCUUGCGGGGCUACGGGGUGACGGAAACAGAACUUGCCUCUGUGAGACGACAUUUGUUGAAGGAAGAAUCCGCCCGUGUAAGGUUGGAUCGAUUGCGAGAUAGCAUUGGCGUCACUCAAUUGAGUGCUAUCCUGUUAGAGGCGAAACAUAGUGCACAUGCCGCGGCGGACUACACGACAAAAAUACGAGAUCUGAUGGACUUGGGGUUUCCCCGGAGUCAUGUCGUGCCUGUACUCACGCAUUACAGUGGUGACGUGGAAAAGGCGGCUGCGCGGUUGCUUCGCGAGGACGUGGGUGAGCGGCUCAGGGAGAAACCACCAAAGGGGGAGAAGGGUCGUUGGACGUCCUUCGAUGCGGAAGUGCAGCAGUUAGUGAAACUUGGCGUCUCAAAGGAGAAGGCGAAGAAUGCUCUUCGAAGCACGAAUGGAAGUGUAGAUGAGGCCGCGCGUAGCCUUUUUAACAACGUUACGUAG